UAUUUUAGGCGACGUGAGGCAUUCUAUUCGCCUCUCAUUUCAGUUUCGUUCCUAUUAGAUCUCUAUUAUUCGGAAUCAUGCAGCUCCGUCGUGCCACGAUGGAGGAUGUGUAUGAGAUGCAACAAUGUAAUCUUAUCUGCCUGCCCGAAAACUAUAACCUUCGGUACUACUACUAUCACAUUCUCUCAUGGCCGCAGUUACUGUAUGUGCAGCAGGAUUACAACCGAAAUACAGUCGGUUACGUCCUUGGAAAGAUAGAUGAUGAAGAGGAUAGCAACAAAAAGCAUGGUCACAUCACCUCCUUGGCGGUGUUGCGCUCCCAUCGCAAGCUGGGUAUUGCUAGCCGGGUAAUGAGAGCAACUAUGAAGGAAAUGGAUGAAGUAUACGAAACUUCGUUCUGCUCGCUGCAUGUGCGGAAGUCUAACGAUGCAGCCCUGCAUCUUUAUCAGGAUACGCUACAUUUCCGCUGCGCUGGCGUGGAGGAGAAAUAUUAUCUUGACAACGAAGAUGCUUAUCACAUGAAAUACUUUUUCAAUCAAAAAAACCCUGGCACCUAUGUUGAUGAGAACAAACGCAUGAUCCAUAAACCUUUUCCUGGUGUGGAGAACAAAAAGGAGAAUCGUGAUUCGAAUAGCGGUGGAGGCGCGGACCGGCACCCAGGUAAGGGCCCCAAGGCUAACUCACAAAAGAAUUCAAAGAAUCUAGUAGAAGAGAAGACAAUGGAGAUGACCAAACUGCUGGAGGAGUUGGAUGAAGAUGGGAAAAGUGGUGGCAAGAAGAGAGGGAAUGAUGGUAAAGGUGCCAAAAGCAGUAGUAAGCACUCCUCGCAUCAGCAUACUGCCACAGGUGGGAAUAAAAAGAAUAAAAAAUAAACGGGACAUGUAAGCACAUUAUGGUAUUUUGAUAAUAUCCAAUUUGUUAGCGAGAGGAUAACAAAAGAGCACGCAAGUCUAAUUUUCAGGGUACUAGUUAAUCCAAACUAUAAACCCCUUAUUAUUUAUGACUUGCAUGCCUUUCAGAACCUUUUAAAAUACCUUAUUGAUAUUUUUAUUCUACUUAGUGUGUGUUUUCCGCUCUAGCUUCCU